AUGGCGCUGGGCCCCGCUCUGCUGCUCGCGGCGGUGCUGGCGCUGCCCGCCCCGGGCUCCCCCGUGUCCCCCCCCGGGGGUCCCGGCCCCCCCCGCCUCCGGGUCCGUUUCUCCCCCCCCCCGCUGCUGCCCCGGGGCGGCUUCAGGCUCGUUCUGUGCCCGCUGCUCUGCCGGAACGGGGGCGUCUGCGCCCACCCCCAGCGCUGCCUCUGCCCCCCCCAAUUCACCGGCAAAUUUUGUCACCUCCCCGCGGGCAACGGCACCGCCCGAGCCCAAAGCCCCCGGAACGCGCCCGAGAAUCCCCGAAAUGUCCACGAGGGGGCGCCCCAGGCCUUGACCCGCUCCAUCUACACCCUGCCCUUGAGCAACCACCGCGAGGAGGAGGAUGGUGCGCAGUCCAUGGUGAGCGUCCUGGUGCAGCAUCCCCCGCAGGCCAUGGUGACGAUUCACAGCGUGGAGCGGGUGCGGGGCGGCCCCGAGCCCUCCCCGAGCCCCCCGCCCCAAUUCCCGGUGCUGGCCCAGAGGGGACCCGGCCGGGACCCCCCCGCCCAGGAGAACUCGGGCUUCGGGUAUUGCUUCAGGCACCUGAGGGGCGGCCAGUGCAGCUCCCCUCUGCCCGGGCUCCGCACCAGGGACAUUUGCUGCCGGGGGGGGGCCGGGGUCGCCUGGGGGGUCCGCGAGUGUCACCCGUGCCAGGGCCACGCCCGUGCCACCCCCUCCCUUGCAGAGCCGUGCCCGCAGGGAUUCCAGCGGCAGAACGGAACCUGCGUGGACGUGGACGAGUGCCAGGAGGGGGCUCUGUGCCAGCUCGGGCUCUGCACCAACACCCGCGGCAGCUUCGCCUGCCUGUGCCCGCCCGGAUUCCUGCUGGACUCCUCCCGCUCCCGCUGCAUCUCCCAGCAGGUGCUGUCCGAGGCCCGCGGUCCCUGUUUCCGGCUGCUGCGGGAGGGCGGGGGCUGCGCGCUGCCCACCCUGCGCAACAUCACCCGCCAGGUUUGCUGCUGCAGCCGCGUGGGCAAAGCCUGGGGGGGCUCCUGCCUGCUCUGCCCCCCCUUCGGAUCCGAGGGGUUCCGGGAGAUCUGCCCGGCCGGGCCCGGCUAUCACUACUCGGCCUCGGACCUGAGGAUCAACACCCAAUUCCUGGGCCAGGAUGGGGCGGGGGUCCCGCUGGGGCCCCCCCUGAGCACCCCCAUGACCCCCGUGUCCCCGUGCCAGCGCGACCCCUCCGUGUGCGGCCCCGGGCGCUGCGUGCCCCGGGGGGGAGGGGGCUACACCUGCCUGUGCCGGGGGGGCUUCUGGCUGAGCCCCCAGGGCACCCAUUGCGUGGACAUCGAUGAGUGCCGCCAGGUGCCCCCUCCGUGCUCCCCGGGGCGCUGUGAGAACUCCGUGGGCGGCUUCAGGUGCCUCUGCGGCCCCGGCUUCACCUCCGAGCCCGCGGGCACCGAGUGCCGAGAUGUGGACGAGUGCUCCCAGGUGCGGCCCUGCGCCCACGGGCGCUGCGAGAAUCGACCGGGGGGGUUCGAGUGCGUCUGCCCGGGGGGGGUACCGGGGGCACGGGGGAGUGUCCCCUCAGACAUCGAUGAGUGCGAGAACCACCUGGCGUGUCCUGGCCAGGAGUGCGUGAACACCCCGGGCUCCUUCCGGUGCCAGCCCUGCCCCGACGGCUUCCACCUGCGCCAGGGGCGCUGCGCAGACGUGGACGAGUGCUCGGGGGGCUCCCCCUGCGCCCCCCACGGCCGCUGCCUCAACACCGCCGGCUCCUUCCGCUGCGAGUGCCACCGCGGCUACCGCGCCACCGCCGGCGCCAGCGCCUGCCAGGACGUCAACGAGUGCCUGGAGGGCGACUUCUGCUUCCCGCACGGCGAGUGCAUCAACACGGCCGGCUCCUUCCGCUGCCUCUGCGCCGACGGCUUCGCCACCACCGCCGACGGCGCCGCCUGCACCGAUGUGGACGAGUGCCAGCGUGGGGCCGUCUGCGCCGGCGGGCGCUGCCUCAACACCGAGGGCUCCUUCCAGUGCCAGUGCCCGGCCGGGUUCCGCACCGACGACGCCAAGGCCGAGUGCCGCGACGUGGACGAGUGCCAGGAGUACGGGGCCGGGCUCUGCGGGGCGCAGCGCUGCGAGAACAUUCCGGGCUCCUAUCGCUGUGUGCCCGAGUGCCAGCCGGGAUUCCGGCCUGGAGACGGCGGGGACUGCAUCGACAUGGACGAGUGCCAGGAGUACGGGGCCGGGCUCUGCGGGGCGCAGCGCUGCGAGAACAUUCCGGGCUCCUAUCGCUGCGUGCCCGAGUGCCAGCCGGGAUUCCGGCCCGGGGACGGCGGGGACUGCAUCGACGUGGACGAGUGCUCCAACGGGACCCUGUGCGGUGCCCACGCCACCUGCCACAACCUGCCCGGCUCCUUCCAGUGCGCCUGUGACCCCGGCUACGAGACCGCCCGGCACGGCCACCACUGCGUGGACGUGGACGAGUGCCAGACGCUGCGCGGGGUUUGUGGGGCCGAGCGCUGCGAGAACGUCGAGGGCUCCUUCCUGUGCCUGUGCCCCGACUCCCGGCAGGAGUUCGACCCCGUCACCGGCCGCUGCGGGGCCCUGCCGACCCCACAGAGCCCCCAAAGCCGGGCCUGUGGGGUCCUGGCCCCGAACGUGACCCGCCCGCAGUGCUGCUGCACCCUGGGGUGGGCAUGGGGGAUGCUCACCUGUCCCUGUGUCCCCACGGGCCCGGCCGCCUCCCCGAGACCCCCCAGGGCCCCCCUGCAGGGGGUGUCCCUGCGAUUCGGGGGUGUCUCUGCCCCCCCAGAUGUCGAUGAGUGCUCCCUGUUCGGGCCCGAGCUCUGCCGGGGGGGGCUCUGUGUCAACGCCGCCCCCUCCUUCAGCUGCUUCUGCCCCAGCGGCUUCUACUUCGAGCAGGAGCACCUGCAGUGCGUGGACAACGACGAGUGUGCGGCGGCCGAGGCCGAGCCGUGCCUGGGGGGGCUCUGUGUCAACACCGUGGGCUCCUACCUGUGCUCCUGCCCCCCCCCGCUCAUCCUGGACCCCUCCCAGCGCCGCUGCGUGGCCAACGACACCGACCCGGAGGGGUCCCUGGCCGUGUGCUGGCAGGAGGUGGGGCCGGACCUGGUGUGCGGGCGGCCCCGGCGCGCUGCCCCCGUCACCUACACCGAGUGCUGCUGCCUGUACGGGCAGGCCUGGGGCAUGGAGUGCGCGCUCUGCCCCGCCCCGCACAGCGACGAUUUCGAGCUCCUCUGCAACGUCCUGAGACCCCCAAACUUCGCCCCCCCCCUCUACGACCCCUCCCCCAAUUUCCCCCCGCCCCAAUUCGGGCCCCUCCCCCCCCCUUACGGGGGCCCCCCCGAAUUUUUUGGGGAGUUCCGCCCCCAUUACGACCCCUCCCCUUAUUACGGGGGUGGGGCAGGGGGCGUGGCCUACGACCCCCUGGUGGGGGGAGAGGAGGAGUGCGGGGUCCUGAGCGGCUGCACCCACGGGCGCUGCGUCCGCGUGGGCGACGCCUUCACCUGCGCCUGCGACCCCGGCUUCCACCUGGACCCCGCCCGCCUCGACUGCCUGG